CUCGCCCUCGUUCCUUCAGAUCUUCGCCCAAAAGGUAGAGGCAGGCCGCAAAGGAUUCUGUUGGGCGUUUGGCCGGACGAGCACAUCCGCGGCGUGAUCCGAGCCGUCGUGUUCCGCGACGGCCAUUCCCCGCACAUGGUGAAGGAAGAGCCAACGAUGUAUCCCGGUUUGGCGAAUUACGCGGCCUGCAACGGUCCCGAAGGCGCUGUCAGUCCCGGAGCGGCAGCCGCGGCCGCGGUUGCCGCAGUCGCUCAAGGACUGCGGCAUCAAAUGUGCAGCAUGGUAGCGGCGGCGCACUCGCAACAGCACGACAUGAUGGCGACAAAUCUCUCCACGAAUCUGUCCACGAGCCUCACGUCGAAUCUGCAGGCAGCGAUGCAGGCCAGCCAACACCACCACAAUAACAGCGGGCCAAUUAUCGGGAGCAACAACGGCGGCAACACCGGCAACUCGCCGUUGAACCUUGGCCUAGGAAGCCCGGGAAGCGGUGGUCCACCCGAGAGCCCGAUGGAGAGCCCCCUCGCCAGCCCUCUCGGCCCCCUCAUGGAUCCCGGCCACAUACCGAGCAGCGUGGAAGUCGGGAUCGGCGUGAGCGGGAUGACCUACAAACCGGCACGAAGCUUCGUCAGCCCGCGGCCGGAGACCCUUUUUCAGGAGGAUAUCGCGGAUCUCGUGAAGAGUCCGCACGGGCUCAAGGACAAGGACAAGAUCCCCGUUAAGCUCGAGCCGUUGACGGACUCGCGUUGCGAAUAGUAAGCAAGGCAGGCUCGAGAUAGAACGAGCUAAUUGUUGUUGGAUCGGCGGAACAGCGUCGUCGUCAUCGUCGUCGUCGUCGUCCCACUUCCAUCGCGAUCCUUCCAACAGAUGGAUUCUGCCAUCGUCGCAAUCGUCGACGACGCAUCGCGCAGAGCCGAGUCUCCGGGGAGGCGACGCUCGGCUAUACGGAUUAUUCGAAGGUGGAGGAUUCGCACGGUGAUAUCGCGACCGAUCGCGUCUCUUCCAUUCUCGAACGAUUCGUAUUCGGUCGAUCAUUCGUCCUCGCGACGAUACUGCAGUAUAUAUACAUAUAUAUUUAUAUAUAUGUAUAUAUAUAUAUAAAUAAAUAAAUAUAUAUAUAUAUAUAUACAUAUAUAAAUAUAUAUAUAUCUCGUUCGACGAGAUUUACAAUCAAAAAUCGGGGGAGAGGGGAAAUGAUUGAAUGAAGGGGGAAUCGAGGAAGCGACGACGUUCAGGGAACGCACACUCGAUGAUCGAUGCUCGAUCCCUCGAAUCCCCUCGAAUUUCUCGCAUACUAACGAAACCUUCCUCCCGACCGAAACACCCUCGAGCAUCGAUCGCGAUCGCUCGACCGAGCUCCUCUCCGCUCCGCUCGCAGCCGCUCCAAGGCCGCCUAUUUUAAGAGAGAACGUUCUAUUCGUGGCUAAUCGCUCGAUUAGGAACCCGCGACAUUCUUCUUUGCGAGGCAUCCCUGCGCGUCAAACAAGCGGUUGGAAAAGCGAGAGAGAGAGAGCGAGAGAGGGGAGGGGGAGGGAGGGGAAUUCGCGUGCUACACGGACACACGCUCACACACUCGAGAUUUAUAUAUCUUAUGCAUAUAUACCAUACGUUUAAUAUGCCAAAUGUAUAGUAAUUGGUGAGAUCUUGUAUCACGAGCCAGUAUUCCCGCCGCGGUUCGAGACGCGGCUUUAAUAUUAUCGGGGACUCGCCGAUUUAUUAAGAAACCACAAACGCCACGUGUGCACACGGGCGGAUAAGGUGUAGUAGGCAGCGCGAGACGCUGCGAGAAAGGGUGACGACUGGUGAAAUUAGGGCGUUCAUAGAACGCGGGAUCGAUUGGUGAAACGUUGCGCUUCCGAGAAAAAAAAAAAAAAGAAGAAAA